AUCGUACUAAUGGACGACCCGUUGAGUGCUGUCGACACCUCUGUUGCCGAACAUAUAUUUGAUAAAUGUAUAGUGGAGUACUUGUCGGACAAAAUUCGGAUUCUAGUCACACAUCAAAUCCAAUUCAUACGAAAAGCCACACAAAUACUGGUCUUAAGCCCAGAAGGCCGGUGCCUGGGGUUGGGCUCAUACGACGAACUCCAGUCCCAGGGCCUGGACUUCAUGAAACUACUGAGCGAUCAGGACAGGGAGGCUCAAAACACCGCAUUGGCUGUCGAGGAUAAAAAGUCGAGCCAUCACUUGGACAGGGAUGCUAUGAUGCGAUCGUUUUCGCAGUCGAGUAUUGAGGCCCAGAAAGUUAGAUCCUUUUCCAAGAGUAGUGUCUCCAUUACGGACAGCAUCGACACGUCCAGCAUUGAUAUACUUGAAGAGGACGGGGAUGGGCCCCGGAUUCAAGAGGAGCAGCGAGAGGUGGGUGCCAUCGAUAGCCGCGUGUACUGGGAGUACAUCAAAGCGGGCGCCGGACCCCUAUUGGGCACAUCCACCCUCUUAUUUACCAUAAUAUCGCAAACUAUAUUUCACGGCUCAGACCUGUGGCUAACGGCCUGGACGGAUAAAAAUCAAGCCCAGGGACACGCUAUAGACCCAUACGAGCAGCACCUGGAUGUGUAUAUCUACUCGGGGCUGAUAGGCCUGUUGUUUUUCACCACAUUCAUCCGGGCCAUCACGUGGUUUGUGAUGUGUAUGCGGGCGUCCGUUAAUCUACACAACAGUAUAUUCUAUCGACUAUUACGGGCGCCGAUAGCCGUGUUUGACAGCAACCCCGUCGGUCGCAUUUUGAAUCGAUUCACUAAAGACCUCGGUGUGGUCGACGAGAUGUUACCGGCUACAUCAUUCGACUUAAACAUGAUAAUCGGCCAAACCAUAGGUGUAAUAGUGGUGGUGGGACUGGUGAACCCAUACCUGGUCAUACCAGCGGCGUUCAUAUUCUGUAUGGUGGCCGUCAUACGGGGUAUAUACAUCAAAUCGGCCAGGGAUAUCAAACGCUUUGAAGGGCUUACCCGGAGCCCCGUGUACUCACACGUAAGCACCACCAUUAGCGGACUGGCCAGUGUGCGCGCCUAUGGGGCACAGGAGGCCUUUGAGCGCCAGUUCUACGUCUACCAGAACGACCACUCGGCCACGUGGUUCACAUUCCUGGGCACAUCCCGGGGCUUGGGCUGGACUAUCGACUGGUUUUGCGUGUUGUAUAUUGUGAUGAUCGCCGUCGUGUUGAUGGUCUUUCCCGAC